ACCAGUUUACAGUUUAAUGAAAACCAAUUUUAGAAUGAGUUUAAGAGAAAACUGGAUAUAGCAGCCAUCUGUUUGUAAACCGUUUUUUAAAUCCAAAUCCGGACCGAACCGGUUUGUAACCACUUUGAAAAAAAUGGUUUGGUUAGCAAACCAGAACCAUUUAAAUGGAUUGGUUUAAGUGAUAUGGUUCCCUUGCACAACCCUAGUUGCCAUUAGAGGGAGGUAAAUAUAAUUACAUUUGUAAAAGUUAUUUGAUGAUCUUAAAGACAGAAGAAAUGAUGUAACAAAGCAUAAAUAAAUAAGCUUAAAUAAAUAAAUGAAGUAAAAAAGUGAGAUAUUUGUAAAAAGAAUUAAACUAUUGGAAUAGGUUUGCAAGGAUAAAGUCUCCUUAGUCCUUCCCUUCCCAAAUUAAUCAAGCAAUAAUCAACACUUUCAAAAUGAAUCAAAUUGAGUUAUGGACCAUAAUUAAUUAUAAUAUUACAAAUCUUUCUGAAGGACCACAAAGUUGCACAUGCAUGAUCAUCACUAUAUCUCACACACAGAAUGAGUUUCCAUAAACAGCAAAAUAAUAAUGACAGAAAUGUGGAAAAAUGAUAUUGACUGAAUGUCAUAUGUAGAAAUAUAAAUGGACUAUUACCAACCCUUAUUCUUUGAAGGAAACUAGCAAUUAAUUAAGGAAGAAAAAUGAAUAAUGUUUUAAAAUCAAAUUCAUCAGUAACCAGCCAAGAAACUCUCAUCUCUCUCUUUUCUUGAACUUGCAGAUAUCCAAGUUGUAACUAAGAUGGCCAAGGAUUACCCAGAUUUCUUCAAGGUUUUUUCCACAGAGAAGCACACUGAAAGAAUGCGUAUCCCAAAUGCUUUUGUGAACUUGAUGCGUUCAAAAAGGAAGGUAAUAAAGGAUUUUAUCCUAAGAGAUCGUAGAGGAAGAGAUUGGCAUGUCAAAGCUCGUCUUAUUGGCGAUGAGCUUUAUUUUGACGGUGGCUGGAAGCAAUUUAGAGAGGAAAAUUCUUUAGAGGAGGAUGAUUUCCUUGUUUUUACACAUAUUGAAAAUACCGUAUUCAGGUUCAAAAUUCUUGAACUAUCAUCGAUGUGUGAAAAGAAGAAGGUAAGUGUCGUGGAGGAAAAUAACAAUAUGGAGGAUGAGGAAGAGGUAAAUGAUGGUGAUGACGAUGAUGAGGAUGAUGAUUAUGAAUAUGAUGCUGCUGCUGCUGCCGAUGAUGAUGGUGAUGACGACGACGAGAAUGAAAGAAUGUAUAAGGAAAUUAGUAGAAGUAAACAUCAACAUUGUAGAACCUGCUGCAAGUGCAAAGCUGGGAACAUUGGGAGCAGCUCUGCACGAUCAAAACUUGAAGAUGACGAAAUUGAUGCUGAAAUAUAUAUUCAACCGGGAAAUCCUCACUUUAUUGCAAAAUAUAUUCAUUCCAGACCUAAUGAAUUGUUUAUUCCAAAGAAUGUUAUCAAGGAUUUCUGCCUCUGCUUCACAAAACAUGUCACCCUUGAAUGUUGCCACUGUAAGGACAUUCAGAGCAAUGACUUAGCAGCCUAUCAUCACAUCUUGCCACAAAUCAGCACAAUACAUAUCGAAAAGAGAGGCCAAGUACGUACAUGGAGAGAUGGUCGAGUACGUGUGCUAGGGUGGGAAGAUUUUUGUAGAAAGAGCAAGAUCACAGAAAAUGAUAGUUGCUUAUGCGAGAUUGUGCUGCGUGAAGAUGGAACAAUCAGAAUUUUAAGGGUGCACGUUGUUAGGAAGGAAUGAACCAAACUGCAAUACAAUAGUACUGAUGUUAACUUGAAACUUCUAAGAUGGAACUUGUUUAUUUAUAAAACAUUUUUAUCAAGUGUGCUUUUAUAACUUCUAAAAUGGUGUUUGUAAUGACUAUGAUGACCAUUUUUAUGACUUAUUGUAUAAUUAUUUAGCUUGCACUGACCAUUACACAAUCAUUUGUGUGGUUUUACAUUGGAAGACAACAAUGCACAAUGGUUGAAAUAUUAUUGCUACAUUCCCUUUGA